AAAACUUACGGAGGUUUCGGAUGUGACCGUUGUUACCCUACUGGUAUACCUUGUGAUAAAAAUCGUAAAUGUGGUGCUCAGGUUACAGAUGCCAAUUUGUUACCAAAUUCAAUACUCAAUAUUACAGUUAGUAGUCCUUCUGCCCCAACAGGAUUCGGUCACUUUACUAUUAGUACUGAUUACAAACAAAGUUAUAGAUUUUUUACAGAUCCCAGGUUUGUUAAUGGAGCGGAUUGUGAUUUGACUGGAUUGUACAAUACAUACACAUCGCUCUGGGCAUAUGAUUUCCCAACACCUCCAGGUGGGACUUGGUUUGAUAUUUGGAUUUCAGUAUAUUGGGAUUGUCGAGAUACAGGUAGAUUUUCUUGCAGUAAUCCUUGUAUGUCUGAAGAUAUACACCAUCGAG